AUGAACAUCUUCGAAGCCCAGUUGGCGAGUCUAUUUGAUACAUCUACACUAGUUCCACCAACUGGCAGUGACAUUGAGGCACUAGACUUGGCUGACUCCUUACUGGAGAUAAUCAAAAGCUCAUUUGUUGCUGAGUCCAUUCCCCUUCCUCAAGUAGAUUUGGGCACUUGUUUAGAGCUGUUGGUGGAUCUUCCUUCUCAAGGGGUGUGGUAUACUUGGUGUAAUAAUCGCAAGGAAACUGAAGCGGUUUAUGAGCGAUUGGAUAGGGUGCUUGCUUCGUCUUGUUGGACAACCCUCUUCCCACAAUUUUCACUUGUAACAUUGCCUAUUCACCGGUUUGAUCAUAGCCCGCUAUUCCUUGACACUAGCCGUAUCGAACCUUUUGGGCCGAAAUGGGGCAGAUUUGAGGCAGUUUGGUUAGCAGAUCCGUCUACUCAGGAUAUUAUCCAAAAAAUUUGGCACAACCCCACUCCUGAUGUUGCUACUUGUGUUCAGAGGCAGACCAUUGUUUAUCGACAUUUGAAAAAUUGGAAUGCUCUGUCAUUUCGGAGUCUCCAAGGCCAAAUUGAUGACAUUCUUGCUCGUCUCCGCCAGGUCCAAGAGGGGCUAUCAAAUCUGGACCUACUUUCUACUGAACAGGAGCUACGGUUACAUCUUGAUAUUUUGUUACAGAAACAGGAGCUUUACUGGGCUCAGCGAUCUAAACAACAUUGGCUGUCUUUGGGGGAUCGCAAUACAAAAUUCUUUCACCGGAUGGCGUCCUGGAGACGGAGUCGGAAUCGCAUUGCUAUCAUACAGGAUCACGAUGGUCAUGUUCUCACUCAGCCCCAGGAAAUCCAAGCAGCUUUUGUUGCGCAUUUCAAGCAACUUUUUUCAGCAUCAUCGGCCUCUCACAUUGACUCAGGUGCCUUUCCCUCUCAUUUUAAUUUAAUUAGUGUCAUUAAUACUCAUUUGACUCCUUAUCAUUCUACUUUAUUGGACAAUCCAUUUUCUACGGAGAAAAUACAAAAGGCUGUCUUUCAAAUAGGAAAGUUUAAGGCUCCGGGGCCAGAUGGGUUUAUAGCUGGUUUUUAUCAAAAAUAUUGGUCAAUUGUGGGUUCAUCUGUGACAGAGGCUGUGUUGGGUUUUCUCACUACCGGAUUCUUAUUCAAACCGCUCAACAAAACUUUUAUCUGCCUUAUUCCCAAAACGAAGAGUCCCAUGACGGUUCAUGAUUAUAGGCCUAUCAGUUUAUGCAAUGUGCUUUAUAAAAUAGGUGCAAAAGUGCUGGCUAAUAGACUUAGUUUAGUGCUGCCAGAUUUGCUUGCUGAUAAUCAGUGUGCCUUCUUGAAGGGUCAUCUUAUAUCUGAUAAUAUUCUGUUGGCCCAUGAAGUUAUUGAAUAUAUUAAAAAGCGUAAAAAACAGGGAAGUUUGUCCUCUUUUGGAUUAAAGUUGGAUAUGAAUAAAGCCUAUGAUAGAGUGAGUUGGGCUUUCCUUGAAGCGGUUAUGGCUAAAAUGGGUUUCUCAGAUAAGUGGAUUCAAUUAAUUUCUCAAUGUGUAUCUACUGUCCAAUUUGCUGUCCUGGUUAAUGGCAUUCCAUCGGAUUUUUUUGCACCUGCAGCCGGUCUGCGGCAAGGCGACCCCCUUUCGCCGUAUUUGUUUUUAUUGGUAAUGCAUGUCUUUUCGGAAGGAUGUGCGCAUUUGGCGUCUCUCAACAUUUGCCGUGGUAUCGCUAUUAGUCGUCAGUCGCCCCCAAUUUCACAUUUGCUUUUUGCUGAUGAUUGCUUUAUAUUCCUUAACUAUAAGACAGAAGAAAUUUGGUGCUUCCAUUGGUUUUUAAAUGCCUUUUGUCACUACUCUGGGCUGCGUAUUAAUUUUCAUAAAUCGGAGCUUUAUCUUAGUCCCAAUUUUUCACAAUUGGCCAGGGACUGGCUGGUAUCUCUUUUUGGAGUUAAAGUUGUCCCAAAACCCGGCAUCUAUUUGGGGGCUAACUUGGGUUUCUCCGGGCGCUCAAAGUCGGACAUAUUUACCUCAAUUCUGAGUAAAGUUAGCCACAAGUUACAAGGCUGGAAAUGUGAUUUUUUAAAUUUUGCAGGGCGGGGUAUUUUGGUCAAACAUGUCCUUCAAUCCAUUCCGGUGUACCUUAUGACGGUGUUCCGCAUGCCUGAAUCAUUUCAGCAUAAGCUUACGUCUCUUAUUCGUCAGUUUCUUUGGGCCUCCUCCCGGGGUAACGGGAUCCCUUGGAAAAAAUGGACAUAUAUGUGUCUCCCCAAAAAUUGGGGGGGAUUGGGUUUUCGAAAUCUUAUGUGUUUUAACCAAGCUUUGUUAGCUAAACAAGCAUGGCGGAUUCUUUCAUGUCCCAAUUUAUUACUUUCUCGGGUGAUGCUUGGUAAAUAUUGUCAACGGCGUUCCUUUCUUAACAUUCGCCCAUCUUCGUCCUCUUCAUGGGGAUGGCGGAGUAUUUUAUGGGGCCGUUCGUUACUUGCAUCGGGACUUCAAUGGGUAGUGGGGAACGGACAACGUAUUAACCCUUUUGAGGAUCAAUGGAUUCCGAUUGUUUCAAAUCCUUGUAGAGGUCGCGGUUGGAAUGAUUUUUGUCCUGGAUUAAGGGUUGCACAUUUCAUAGAUCCCGUGCGAAGGUCUUGGCGUCUUGAAUUAUUGGAAUUGUUCUUUCCCCCAUCUGUCCUCCCUUAUAUUGUAUCAAUGCACAUUGCUCAAGUUGAUAUGGACGACAAAAUGGUGUGGGGUCCGACCAAAAGUGGUGAGUAUUCAGUCAAAUCCGGUUAUAAGCAAGCGUUAACCCGACAGUUUCCUGACCAUUCUAGGCCUGAUCCGGAUUGGCAAGUUUGGAAACGCUUAUGGCAGUUUAAGAUCCCCCCCAAAUGGAUCUUGUUUGUGUGGAAAUGUCUUCAUAAUAUUCUUCCGGUUAAAACUGAAUUAAAGAAAAGAGGAAUGCCAAUUGAUAUUAUGUGUUCCAGGUGUUUCCAGACUGCGGAAUCACUUGAACAUUUGUUUUUUGAUUGCCCCAUUUCACAACGGAUUUGGCGUGGAUCGACUUUGGGGUUAGAUUUUGGAGUGGGAAGACCUCUAUCCUUUUUUUCAUGGUUUAAAGGAUGGGUGCAUCAAAUACAUGACUCGGAGAUUGUAUUACAUUCCAUUGCCUUAUUAUGGGCCAUUUGGAUGCAACGUAAUUCUGUAGAAUUCCAUAAAGCUGAGGUGUCCAUAGAACGACCGAUCAUGUUUGCUUCCGAGUUACUAACUUUAUUUCUUUCACCCUUGCACAAUGUUCCUUAUGAGAUUUCUCACUCUACUUCUUCUCCUCAAACCAGUUUUGUUAAGCAGGUUAUUUUACAGAAUGCUCGGCCUUGCAUUGCUGCUGGUCCGCGUAUGCGUAUUAUAGUGGAUGGCUCUUGGGUUGCUGUUGGUGAGCGCACUGGUCUGGCAUGGGUUUGCUUCGAUUCUGAUGAUCACCAAGUCUAUGAGGAAGCUAUGUUGGGACCUUCAAUGUUAUCUCCUCAACAGGUAGAAGCAGCUGCGGUUCUCCAUGCUAUGCACUGGGCAGUCCGGUCCGGCAUCAAUCAUCUGCUUCUUCAAACAGAUUGCUUAGUCCUACUGCUGCUGCUACAACACCAUACUCAAGAAUCCGAAUGGAGUCUCCAAUCCAUUCUUGCUGACAUUUUGUCCUUGUGUAAAUCUUUUGAUUAUGUUGUUCUAUGCCCCAUUUCACAACGGAUUUGGCGUGGGUCGACUUUGGGGUUAGAUUUUGGAGUGGGAAGACCUCUAUCCUUUUUUUCAUGGUUUAAAGGAUGGGUGCAUCAAAUACAUGACUCGGAGAUUGUAUUACAUUCCAUUGCUUUAUUAUGGGCCAUUUGGAUGCAACGUAAUUCUGUAGAAUUCCAUAAAGCUGAGGUGUCCAUAGAACGACCGAUCAUGUUUGCUUCCGAGUUACUAACUUUAUUUCUUUCACCCUUGCACAAUGUUCCUUAUGAGAUUUCUCACUCUACUUCUUCUCCUCAAACCAGUUUUGUUAAGCAGGUUAUUUUACAGAAUGCUCGGCCUUGCAUUGCUGCUGGUCCGCGUAUGCGUAUUAUAGUGGAUGGCUCUUGGGUUGCUGUUGGUGAGCGCACUGGUCUGGCAUGGGUUUGCUUCGAUUCUGAUGAUCACCAAGUCUAUGAGGAAGCUAUGUUGGGACCUUCAAUGUUAUCUCCUCAACAGGUAGAAGCAGCUGCGGUUCUCCAUGCUAUGCGCUGGGCAGACCGGUCCGGCAUCAAUCAUCUACUUCUUCAAACAGAUUGCUUAGUCCUACUGCUGCUGCUCCAACACCAUACUCAAGAAUCCGAAUGGAGUCUCCAAUCCAUUCUUGCUGACAUUUUGUCCUUGUGUAAAUCUUUUGAUUAUGUUGUUCUUCAAAAAGUGGACCGUGAUGUGGUUCAUGCUGCUCACAAACUUGCUACUGAUGUAAGACUUAUUGCUUAG